UCGGUUGAAUCCUUUCGCAACCGCCCAACUGACCAGAAAUUCGUUUAUCAUUUUAGAUUUUUUGUAAAAUGUUCAAUCUAUUUUUUAUAUAUAUUUUUUUACGGUGAGAGGUUGAAAAGAAAUACAGAGAAUUGUGUCUUCUCUUUCAACCUCUCCAUUCGUCAAGGUCAAACUAAACACCAACAAUUCCGACGAACCUUUGAGCCGCCGAUUCAAUCUCCUAUACCAAGUACCAACGUCUUCCUACUCCUAGAAUUCUUCUGUAACACAAAAUAAUUGCAUAUUCGAAUCCCUCGUUCCGCAAGUUCUCCUCUUUGUCGAAUUGCUCUGCCGCCCAACAGAAGGGGCGACCCGCUUCAACCAAGUCAAGCUCGGGUCCUGCGUCGCAGCGGCUUGAUGAGAUCUGAAUCAGCAUUUUGCUGAUGUUGGAUCUGAAUAAACGCCUUGGAAGUAAGGAUGGAGUUCCUCACUGGCGUCGCCAUCGAUCAAUGUGGUUUCCGGUUAGUUAUCUUCAUUCCUGCUACCUGAUACAAUUAGCCAUUGACCCAACACUGGAAAAAGGAACAUGCCCAAAAGAUCAAGAUCAUCGCUUUAGAUAGAGAAGAGAGAAGAAGGGAUUUGUUCCUUCAAAUUUUUUUUUUUUUUUUCUUACAUAAGAAAUCUGGGAGGAAGAAGACAAUGAGGCGAGAUUUGGGAUUUUUUUCUUAUUGAAAAAAACAAAAUAAAUUUAAUUUUACUGUUCUCAUGAAUAAAAUGGAAAGAAAUAUUUUUGGUCAGCUUGAAUGCACCCGGCAUGGAGUAGAUUCAUGGGCAAUUGGUUUUGGGCAGGCUUUUCACAAAUUCAACCAUCGCCUCAUCAGCUUUCCACCGCCAACGUGGACCAAUAGGAGUUGGCUGCACUGGUGCCGCACUUUUGAUGGCGGCACCAUAGUAUUGGCCUUGGAUGUAUUUCUAAUGGGCUUUUUGUUAUGGAUAACUUUAAUAUGGGCUCUUGUUAAGUAAAAGUAAGGCCCGUGGGCCCGUCGUUGAAACUUAAUUGAUCUUAGGUGAGCCCGCCAUAACUCUUAACCGGUAAUUACUAAUUACUCGUCGUCGAUCCUGGUUUGAACUUUGAACUUCCACCUAGUACAAAAACAGGAUCGGCUCGCCAUUUGCAACCGCAGCUGACGCCGCUCCUCCUUUUCUUCGCUGAUUCUUUCCUCAUCGGAAUUUCGCCGACAAGUGGCAAACAACCUUCUUCGCAGUCUGAAUAAAAAUUGAUUAAUCGCUUCCUCGGAUCCAAGGUUUCGUUUUCCAGUCUUUUGUUUUCCAACAAUGCGGGAGUGAUACGCCGACUUCCAUUUGCUUGUCCAAUUUCUGAUGGGAUUCGUGUGUGGUUUUCCUUUCUUGUAGGUGGAUUGUCUUCCAAUCGCGAUGGAUCAUCCUCUGAUUGUCCAAUCACUAGCUUUCCGGUUCAACCAGUUGGUAACAAUGGAACUGAACCCUCUCAAGAACUGUGCCAAAUUGAAGAGGUAACCCUGAAUUCAGACUGGUGUGAACUUUUCUUUCUUUACAAACAAAUUUCUUCUUUCAGUGUGUGAAUUAUGGGUUAUGUGGUGAUGCUUCUGCAUUAGGGUCUGUUCUUGGGUUCAAUUACGGAAGCAACUAUGAAGGAUGCACUCAAACAAGCCAAUGUAACUCACAUUUUAACCAUCGCCAGCUUCCUUCCAUCGUUUCCAGAAGAUUUUCAGUACAAGGUCGUCAAUAUUUCGGACAGCCUAAAUACCAACAUUGCUCAGCACUUUGAUGAAUGUUUCGAUUUCAUCGAUGAAUCUAAACGAAUUGGUGGUGGUGUGCUCGUACAUUGCUUCAUGGGAGUUUCCAGAAGUGUGACUAUUGUUGUUGCCUACCUGAUAAAGAAGCGGCAUAUGAGCUUAUCCCAAGCCUUGCAACAUGUUCAGAGUAGGCGCCCUCAGGCUUCUCCCAAUCCCGGAUUCAUAUCACAGCUGCGGUAUUUUGAACAGAAACUUAAAGGUGAGAACGCAAAGGGGCAGAGGAUCUAGAUAGUGGCUUUGGAAAGAAACCGGCACACCAAUUGUUCUGUAGGAGCAGGCUUUACAUCUGUGUUCCUGAGAUUGAAGUGGCAACAUGGUUGCACAAAAACAUGUUUUUUACGAAUUGUACCAGAACCACAUUGACUAAAGAGUUAGUUAACGAAUGCUGAACAUGAAUAAGCUCUUUGGUUGUUAUGUCCCGUACAUCAAGAAGCGAGCCGAGAGGGCUUUCUUCUGCUCAUUUGCUGCUGAGUUCUUGUUGAGGUUUCCGGACUUUUUUGUCUUCCAAAUGUGUAACAAUGUGAUCUUCAAAUUGUACAAGGCUGAAGUGUAUUUAUUUCCACUAUUUUAUCAAUCAGUUCCACCCAAAAUUUUAAAUAAUAUAUAGGAUAUUAUAUG